AUGACCUUUCUCUUCAACGACCACAGCGUCCUCGUCGUACCAUGCACGCCGCUACCGGAUACCACAAACUUGACCGCUGAUGUUAUUUCUAUCGGCGAGAACUUGUACAGAACUCGUUUAGGUCAAGGCCGACUCGGACUCCGUAUAGCAUCCGCAAUACGCUCGGAGGGACCAUCACUAAUAUGUUGGGUGCAGCCAGAUAUCAAGACAGACGGCAUAUCAGUUCCUUCCGGCUGGCUUACGCAACAUAACCAGAUAUUCUCCAAGUCUGCUUCAGGGAUCUGCAACGUAUCCAUCUCUAUCAUCGAGCCUACACUAAUCACAGAAGUAUUCUUGACUGCAUUAUCUCUGGACGCACUUCAAUUUUCUCGGGCUCAUAUAGGCGAGCUAGAAACAUCGCUCACUCAGAAGUCCAUGAUACUUCGUCAAUCCACGACGCAUACAAUCUCAGGCGCAAUUAUCGAGUCGUCUGGGUGGUCAAAGAGCAAGAUUCUUCAGUACAGGCUUAAUAUGUUAUCUCCAGUUGCCCAAGGGUAUGCUGAGAAAGGCUUGACGCGUUUUAUCGUCGCCUUCUCUGGAGACAUUCCGGCAGAGCAAACUACAGCUACAUCCAGUGACUCAGAGAAUGAAAGUGAUUCGGAAGGAAUAGAGAUCGAUGAAGGUUUCCUCGCGGUGGGGUCUUCCAGUCCGCAUCCAUCCACUCUCGACCCUCUCUUUCGGGCUCAGCCACUAUCACAAAUCCAAGGAGAUCAUCCGGGGGACCAUGUCCUGUAUCUCAAUGUCUCGGAUUUUGGUAGGGUUGGCCUAUUGAACGGUGACUGGGGUAUCAUCCAUGCAGGCAAUGUUUCCCGACGCCGUCUUGUGCGUUUCUAUACCGAUCCAUCUGAUUCGAGCCCGACAGGCGUCAUUACAGGCGCGCCCAUGCUCCUUUGCAACAUCUCCGAAGGCUUCGAUUACUCCACAAAGAGCUUCUCGCUACUUACAAGCCCAUUCGGGUCACUCGAACCCAAUAUUCCCACUGCCAGAAGUGCGACCAUAGCCCGAGUAGCGACACCAAUCUCGACCGACCGCAGUUACCAAGCCUUGUUUCUCCUUGCCCUCAAACGGUAUUUCGAAGGCAAGAAGAGGCUAGUCAAAGAAGGGGACUUGAUUGCUCUAGAGAUCGAUACCGAUCUGUCUUGGCGAAUUGCUGACCCUCAGAAAACUGAGGUAUCAUCCCCCGACGAUGACGAACCCUUAUCUAUUCCGACACGGGCAAACGAAAUAGUUUUCUUCAUGAUCACCCACAUAGAGCACCCUGCAGUUACCAACGGCAUCGACUCCCAUGACGUUGCGUACGAAUCGGCCGCUGGGGAGCUGGGCUUUUGGAUAGAUCCUACAAUUACUAGGAUAGUCCAAACAGGCUUGGAGCACACCCGUAUACCCGACAUUGGACUUUCUACCCUGGGGGACCAAGGACCUAGAUCCCUUCUUGCCACUAUCAGCAAGCAGCACUCAGCCUUAUUAUCCGUCGGUAGUCCCUUUGAUCAACUCCGUUCAAUAUUGUCAGCAACGUUCGCUGAUUUCGCUGUGGAUUAUGAUUUGGACUUGUCUGUAUUGCUGCAGGGCGCCCGGGGAACGGGUAAAUCGACCGUUGCGUCCUGGGCGGCACAACGCCUGGGCUUCAAUAUCCUCGAAAUAAAUUGUUACAAUCUACUCGGUGAGAACGACACGAAGACUGAGGGCAUACUGCGCUCCCGUUUCGACAAAGCCAUUCAAUGUGCCCCAUGUAUACUCUUUCUAAAGCACACUGAUGCUCUGGCGCAGACCACACAGGUCCUGGAAACUGGGAAAGACCCAGCCAUUGUAACUGCUUUAAAGGAAUGUAUGGAACAAGCGCAAGGCUCCUGGAGAACUACGAGUUUCCCUGUUGUCGUCUUGGGCACAACAAGUGAAGCGUCGAAAGUUCCUGGCUCCAUUCUUGCAUUGUUCAAACACCAGAUAUCCUUCGAGGCGCCCAAUGAAGCUGAAAGAUAUGAAAUAUUGAACGGUUUGUUAGAUGGAGCAAUUCUAGCACCAGAUGUUUCUUUGGCCUCCAUAGCAACACAAACGGCCGCUUUAGUUGCUUCUGAUCUUGCUAGUCUUGUCGCUCGGGCUCGUCAUGUCUCCUUGCAAAAUUUACCUGUCACUAGGCCGAACGCAGACCAGUCAAAUAUACCACUUACUGCCAGUGACUUUGAUGUUGCAUUAAACAAGGCUCGAGCCUCGUAUUCCGACGCCAUUGGUGCCCCACGGAUACCAAUGGUCACUUGGGACGACGUCGGCGGGCUUGCACAUGUCAAGUCAGACAUUCUAGACACUAUUCAACUACCUCUUGAGCAUCCUGAACUUUUCGCUGAUGGUCUCAAGAAACGAUCAGGUAUUCUCCUUUAUGGACCGCCUGGCACCGGGAAAACAUUGCUUGCCAAAGCCGUUGCUACCUCCUGCUCCCUCAACUUCUUCUCUGUCAAAGGUCCCGAGUUACUCAAUAUGUAUAUUGGCGAAUCCGAAGCCAACGUUCGCAGAGUCUUCCAGAGAGCUAGAGACGCUAGACCUUGUGUCAUAUUCUUCGACGAACUAGACUCGGUUGCUCCGAAGCGAGGAAACCACGGAGAUUCCGGAGGUGUUAUGGACCGUAUUGUCAGUCAGCUUCUUGCAGAGCUUGACGGGAUGUCCUCUGGCAGGGGUGGUUCGGACGUCUUCGUUAUCGGAGCAACGAAUCGUCCAGACCUACUGGAUCCAGCCCUCUUGCGACCUGGCAGAUUUGACCGCAUGCUUUACCUCGGUGUGAGCGAUACACAUGAAGCUCAGUCCAACAUACUCGAGGCCUUGACGAGGAAGUUCCGACUACACCCUGACCUGAAUCUGAAAGAAGUGGCGGAAAGAUGUCCGUUCAACUAUACUGGCGCAGACUUCUAUGCCUUGUGUUCCGAUGCCAUGCUUGGUGCCAUGUCGAGAAAAGCAGAGGAACUCGAAGCAGUUAUCUCAAAAUUGAACGAAGCACCAGGUCCACACUCCCACCCCUUCCCCUUAAUACCUCAGUACUAUCUUGCAGAGAUGGCUACGCCGGAGGAGAUCGACGUGCUCGUCACCAAAGAAGACUUCGACAUUGCCCUCAAAAAUCUAGUGCCCAGUGUCAGCCAAUCUGAAAUGGAGCACUACGCUCGUGUACAACAACGUUUCUCGCAAAAAUCUGAUGAUUAG